CGCCAUCGUUGUACUCUUUAGUUGGAUGCGCAUGCGCUAAAGAUUCAUCGCCACGGUCACCCUCCGUGGAACAGGAGACUGGCUGAUGUACACUGCAGGGUGCACAUUUUACAGAAUAGAGUUUUGCUGAUGUGAUGCUGGAGGAUCAGGCUGUGGUGUGCUGAGCCCCACAUGGCUGUUCGAACCAUGGACUCUGAGUCAGCCCGGACACCUUCUAAAGGAGGCCACUCCCUGCUGUCUGCUGGGGUUCUGAGUGCCAGGCUGGGCCCUCAAAGAAAGCACUAUGUCUGCGGCUCCAUUGCUGCUUUUACCAAUAUUGUGGUGACUUUCCCCAUCCAGAAGGUCCUGUUCCGCCAGCAGCUGCAUGGUGUGUUAGCCACUGAGGCAGUGCGGCAGCUCCAGAGGGAUGGACUGAGGAAUCUUUACCGGGGCUUGUUGCCCCCAUUGCUCCAGAAAAGCACGACAGUGGCCAUUAUGUUUGGCUUGUACGAGGACUUCUCUCGAGUCCUAUCGAACAGGGCUGAUGGCACUGGUGUGCCGGUGCUGGUAACGCGAAGCUUUGCCGCAGCAUUGGCAGGAACUGCAGAAGCCAUUCUGACACCAUUUGAGCGUGUGCAGACUCUCCUACAAGACCAUCGGCAUCACGGCCGCUUCAACAACACAGCUCAUACCUUUCGGACACUUCUGACCGAGUAUGGGUUCAGAGAAUGCUACCGUGGCCUCGUACCCAUACUCCUCCGUAAUGGCCCAAGCAACAUGCUCUUUUUUGGCCUUCGAGGACCCAUUAAAGAGCAGCUCCCGAAAGCCACUAGUUGGACAGGUAACUUGGUGAAUGAUUUUGUGUGUGGAGGGGUGCUGGGGGCCGGCCUUGGCAUUAUGUUCUAUCCACUCAAUGUGGUCAAGUCCCGGGCUCAGUCCCAGGUUGGUGGGGCCUUCCAGCCUUGUACAAAGGUGCUGCUGACCGUGUGGAGGGAGAGGGGUGGCAGCGUGGCUAAGCUCUUCAGAGGGGCUCACCUCAAUUAUCACCGAUCUCUCCUCUCCUGGGGAAUCAUCAAUGCCACCUACGAGCUGCUGCUGAAGAUUAUAUGAAAGAGGGGUGGCGAAGAAAGCAAAUUUAAGAGAAUGCAUUUAAAAUGGAAAAAUCUGUAUAGAGAGAUGGGGCCAGUUUGUCCAGAGAUGUUAAGUGAAGCAUAUGCUCCCAGUGUGUGGCAGUGUUUCUGGAAAACUGGAUUUUCUAUGCCCGAAAAUGAUAUUGCACUUGGGAUAGGGGCCAACAGUUGGCGUGAGAACAACCUGCCAUAGUGAGCAUUUACUAAUAUCUAAAGUUUUUAAUUUCACAACAUUCACUGUAGCCUACACAAAACUUGUACCAGGGUCCAAUUAAAAUGCCCUUGUUUGCUCUGUACAAAGAUUUAGUGGCACAAACUUGACCCCAGUGCUUUUUCCCCUCAGUUUCAUGCAAAUGUUACUUGACUGGAUCAGUUGUUUUGUAGACGAAGCUGUUUCCCCUUUUUGCCAAUUGUGCUGUGGUGUAAACAUUUGCUUGUUUGUUUGUUUUUUUAAUCAAGAGCACUUUGUCUGUGAAGUUAAACUCUGCCUUUCAACACUAACACCUUUGUGCUUCUUACCAUUGGGGGAAAAAAAACAUGUUGAUAUUGGCUGACAAUAAAAAAAAAAAUGUUAAUUGUACAAAAAUACAUGUUUUGGGGUCAACUUUCACACAGAUGGGCUAUUUUAAAUUCCUCUCAUACAAAUGAAUCCAUGUAAAAUGUUUUGGUCAACAGUUUGUCUUGUGUCAUUGACCUUUGACAAGUGUGAGUUGAUGUAUGUGUCACUAAAACAUACAGUUAAAUGUUGUCUUUUUUUUAUUAUUUGUCAACAUUCUGGGGUGUCUUUUCUUUUUAAAAAAAACUUGAGCACCUUCAUAAAAAUAAGUGCUCCUCAACAUUGGUUUCCAUUUUCUGAAAAAGUUCGGCGUGUCUGCUUUCGCCUGCUCUCUUCUCUGUCAGUAACAUCUGCUGACAUAAUGGGCUCAGAUUUCAAGCAUGAGUAAAUUCAGUUCACCAAGACACGGUCACCACGUGAGGCUCUCCCUGGACACAACAGCCCGAAGAGGAAAGGCAUGCUGCUCGACGCAGAGACCAAAUACUGACGGCGCUGAGAGAAGACGGAGAGGACAGAGGGUAAUGUUCAGUGGCACAAAAAGCUCAGGCUGCCAUGGAAAUGACAACUUGGCCUAUUUCUCCAGUUUCUUUUCAUCGUUCGGCCUACAGUCGGCCACAUUACUUCUCCUUUUCCGGGGGGUUUCUCCUUGAAAGUAGAACUUCGUAUUGAACUCAUUGAUGAAUAUUGCUGUUCGUUUCCUCCGUUUUGUGAAGCACAACGCUCAUUAAAAAUGUCAAAUUAUGAAUCGCAAUCAAAUGAUGUGUUGUCAGUGAAUAAUGGUUGUUUGUGGGGGUUUUACAUCUUGUAGAGUAUGCUUUGAUCACUGGAAUGUUGAAAAAAUGACGUGGUUACUUUCAUUAAACUGACUCUCUUCUGUGUGUUCUAACCUC